AUUAUUCACGAGUCGGGCUUUACGGCCGAGGACUACAAGCAGUACAAGCCGGUAGUGUACAGCAAUACAGUGCAGUCACUGGUGGCUAUCCUUCGUGCCAUGGGCAAUCUGGCUGUGCCAUUCGAUAUAGUAGACCUAGUCGUUGUUUCGAUCACAAAUUCGGACUACGUUAAGGUUUGCUUCUUGUCGGAGGUCGAAUGUACGGGCUGUGCUUUUGGAUCCACUUGUGUUGAAAACGAAUGUCUGAAAAAAUUGGAAGUGAAGUUUUUUCAAGGAGGAAAACUGUUGAGUUUUUAA